AAAACAGAGAUCUACCAGUGAAUAGAACUGACAAGGGUAACAAGGCCAAACACUUCUACAGUGUAGCUUCCUCCAGAGACGUGUGGCUGAUGAUGCACUUUCUUCUUGAUGUCCUGUCCAUACUUGUAGACAUCAGCAAGAAAUUCCAGUCCAAAUCCGCUACAAAUUAAUUUAUUAUUAUGGUGAUGCUGAUGUUGCCACUUUAGUGGACUACUUUCAUGAUGGGUUGUGUGAUGCAGGUGUUGAGACUAACAAAUGUGAAACAGAAUGGACUAAACUGAAGGACCAAAUAUCCAAAAGGUUUUCUGAACCAAAUUCCACAACAUGGGAACAGGUGAAUGAAAAGUUAGGACAGCUGUGCCCUAACUUCCUUUCUCUUGUUGAUCUCAUUCUCACUAUACCAGCAUCUUCAGCUGAUGCAGAGAGAGGUUUCAACAGAAUGAAGAUGACAAAAAGUGAUUGGCGAAGCAAAAUGUCAGAUUACAACCUGUCUGACCAGUUGAUGAUCACGCUUGAAUCAAGUGACAUUAGUACAUUUGACCCCAUGCCAGCUAUUUCCCUGUGGAUGAGUGGCGCAACUCGUCGACUGCGACAGGAAAAGGAAACGAGUUCUGCAGUAACCAGUGCAGUAGCUGAAAAUCCCAAGGAGCCUGAGGUAGUUGACAUACCAACAUCCACAUCAACAUUUAAGUCUGCAGUAACCAGUGCAGUAGCUGAAAAUCCCAAGGAGCCUGAGGUAGUUGACAUACCAACAUCCAUAUCAGCAUUUAAGUUGCCAGAUGUCCAGCUUACCCAUGUGCCAACCACUGCAAGUCGGGCAACAAUGACAGACAUUAUACCAGUGCCACAGAUGUCAACAACGGGGACAAUGGCAGAGCCAAUCAGUAAGGCAGUGCCAGUGGCAGAAUAUGAUGAAGCUUAUAUGUCUGACGAUGAUUACAACGAUGAAGCGAAAGAACACCUGGAGAAAGAUGUGACAUUAUUAAAAGACCGUCUGCAUUCUGCAUCAAAUGCAUGGCAAAAUUUUUGCGACUUAUGGGAUAUCCGGGUAUAUUAGAUAAGAAAU